CAGAGGAUCACACACAUUUCUACUUUCAGACUCUGAGAUGGAUCCUGCAGCCAGCAGAACGAUGGAGUUGGCGGCGCUCGGCCGGCCUUUCAGCCUCGGGAUGCUGUACGACUGCCGCCAAGACUCACUCAUCCCUGGCAUGACACUAUGGGACUGUGAUGACCUGGAAAAAGAUACGAGAGAAAGACCAAAACCUAACAGUGACUUUGAGAUUGUUGCAUCUGAAUCAAUUGAGGAUAAAUCUUCAGCGCUAAAAGUUGAAGCAUCUCUAAAAGCAAGUUUCUUGGGUGGACUGGUAGAGGUUGAAGGAUCAGCUAAAUACCUUAAUGAUCAUAAGCAAUCCAAAAAUCAGGCCAGAGUAACACUGAACUACAAAACUACCACAAAGUUCCAGGAACUGUCAAUGAAUCAUCUUGGAAGAGGCAAUGUCAAGCAUCCGGAUGUCUUUGAUAAAGGAAUAGCAACACACGUCGUCACAGGUAUCCUUUAUGGGGCACAAGCCUUCUUUGUCUUUGACCGUGAGAUGUCUGAACAGGAAAAUCACCAAGACAUUCAGGGCAACUUGAAGGUGAUGAUCAAGAAAAUCCCUUGCCUCGCAAUAGAAGGGGAAGGUUCCUUGAAAAUGGAAGACAAGGACAUAGCGAAUGUUGAGAAAUUCUCCUGCAAAUUCCAUGGAGACUUUUUACUGGAGAAAACUCCAACAUCCUUUCAAGAUGCCAUACAAGUCUACCAAAGCCUGCCAAAAUUGCUGGGGGCCAAUGGAGAAAAAGCUGUACCAGUGAAAGUCUGGCUGUUGCCACUGGUAAGUUUAGAUUCUUCUGCUGCACAACUUGUACGUCAGAUAAGUAUAAGAUUAGUGCAGGAAUCCCAGAGUGUCCUUGAGGACUUCACUGAGCUGGAAAUGAGGUGCAAUGACGCAAUGAGAACCCCCACUGCACAGCAGUUCCCACAGAUUGGUAAAAAACUCAAAACUUUUAAAGAAUUUUGCUCUGAGUUCAAGCUUGAAUUCCAACGAACUUUGGCAAAGAAACUUCCGUCAAUCCGGGGAGGAGGGGAAGAGGAGGCUGUGCUCGCAGAGAUCCUGAAGAAGAGACAUUCUUCUCCUUUCAACAGCAAAAACCUCCAUGAGUGGAUGGACUGUAAAGAGAGAGAAAUCUGCAUCUUAAAAUCUUACACCAAAAUGAUGAAAAACACCAAGAUCAUCCCAUCAAAAAAUGUGCUUCAUGAGGAAAUUUUCAGUGAAAAGCAUGCUGUGUGUUUUGUUUUCACCUCACUGGGAAGUGCUGAGCCGUAUCUCUCAGCUUUAUCAAACUACUUAAAAGAAACACCCAAACCAGACAACCCCCAAGAUCCACAUUGUCAUGACAUAGAGAGGACACAAUGGUACCUUUCAAACAAAGUACUUGAUGCAAUGACACAUAAAGCAAAGGCAUUCAGUGAUUUUGCAGAGGCCAACAAGGACAAUGAGAACAUAAAGUUCCUGACAGUAGGUUUAACAAAUGAGACGCAGAAAGGUUCAAGCAUCUACCUUUAUAAAGGCGGCCAUUCUGUCAGUGAGAACUUUGAGCUGCCUUCAAAGCCUGAAACAGUGACAGCAGGUGAUGUAACCCACAACAGUGUGACACUAAAGAUUUGUCCACCAAGAUUUGGAUCAGAGAAUGUCACCUCCUACUCUGUAGAGUACUGUGUCAGUGGAGAGGAUGGAUGGCAACAAAAACCAGCACCAAAGGCUGAAGAAGUCACAGUGAGCGGCCUGACUCCUAACACAGAGUAUAUGUUCAAAUGCAGAGCAGUGACCUCAGUAGGUGUUGGGCCAGCCAGUGAAGUCAGCAGUCCCAUUAAAACCUUACCUUGCAGCCCUCCUGGAAAACCUCAAGUUGAAACAAACUCAAGUGAGGUAUCAGUUAGCUGGGAGAAACCUGCAGAGAUUGGACAAGAUGUUCACAUUUUGAGCUACAUCGUGGAGUACGCCCAAACAGACAAAGGGGUAAAAGAUGAAGAUGUCCGGUGGAACCACAUAAUGUCAGGAGCUGAGAGGGUGAUCAUUUCAGGGCUUCAGUCAGAGACAGAAUAUGCUGUUAGGGUCAGAUGUGAUUGUGGUGUAGCAGGCAGAAGCAAAGAAAGCAUCACUGUGAAUGUCUGUACAGCAAAACGUGAAUUUGCACGCCUCGCUGAAUUCCUGAAACAUAUCAGCAAGAGUACAAAUUCUGAAUCCAACUCACUUUACAAACUGCCUCUGAAAGAAGAAGAUAUAGACAUAGAUGGUUGCCGCAGAUAUAACUUUGGCAAAGAAAGUAUGAGACAAAAUCGUACCAUAAUGCUUCUUGGAGCAACCGGAUCAGGAAAGUCCACCCUCAUCAAUGGAAUGAUCAACUAUGUUGUUGGCGUGGAGUGGAAGGACAAUUUCAGAUUUAAAUUAAUUGAUGAGGAUCAGUCAAAAUCACAAGCUGAAAGCCAGACUUCUGAAGUCACUGUGUACAAAAUCAACCACCAAGAGGGGUUUAAAACCCCCUUCUCUCUGACCAUUGUGGACACUCCAGGCUUUGGAGAUACAAGAGGAGUCAGAAGAGACAAAGAGAUCACAGAGCAAAUCCGGAGGCUUUUCACCUCUGUGAAUGGAGUCAGUGAGAUUGAUGCAGUGUGUUUUGUUACUCAGGCCUCUCUUGCACGACUGACAGCAACACAACGAUAUGUGUUUGACUCGGUGCUCUCCAUUUUUGGCAAAGACGUGGCCGAGAACAUUCAGAUGCUGGUGACUUUCGCAGAUGGCAAGCAGCCACCGGUUCUUGAAGCAAUAAAUGUCUCUGGGGUUCCAUGCCCAAAAAAUGACAUAGGGCUUCCAGUUCACUUUAAAUUCAACAACUCUGCAUUGUUUGCAGACAACGGAUGCAUCAGUGAGAGGGCCCAUGAUGAGGAUUCUGAUGAAGAUGACGACAAGUUUGAUGAAAUGUUUUGGAACAUGGGUGCCAAAAGUAUGGAGAAGUUCUUCACUGCUUUGGGGAAAAUGACAACCAAAAGCUUGCUAAUGACCCAGGAGGUUCUGAAAGAACGCAAGCACCUUGAAACAGCUGUUGAAGGUUUGCAACCGCAAGUUAAAGCUGGAUUAGCAAAGCUUGAAGAAAUUAAGACAACAAAAGAAAAAAUUAAAGAGCAUGAAACAGUCAUGACUUCAAAUAAAAAUUUCGAGAUUGAGGUGGAUAUCAUUAAGCCAGUCAAAAUACAGCUCACAAAGAAAGGAGAGUUCAUUACCAACUGUCAGAAAUGUUCAGUGACAUGCCACUACCCAUGUGCAAUAGCAAAUGAUAAUCAGAAACGUGACUGUACAGCAAUGGAUGGGGCAGGGAUGUGCACUGUCUGUCCUGGAAAAUGCAUUUGGAGUGUGCAUUUCAACCAGACAUACAAGUGGGAUUAUGUUAAAGUCAAAGAGAAGCAGACACUGCAGGAGUUAAAAGAAAAGUACGAAAAAGCUACGAAAGAGAAGCUGACUAUUCAAGACUUGAUUGAGAGGCAAGAAGAAGAGAUUGUUCGCCUUCAAGAGAGGAUAGUGACCCUCAUGGAUCAGUCAUCCCAAUGUAUAACUCGUCUGCAAGAGAUCGCCCUCAGGCCCAAUCCUCUGACCACUCCAGAGUACAUUGACAUGCUGAUUGAAGGGGAAAAGUCAGAGGCCAAAGAGGGUUACCAGGCCCGAAUUCAGUCUCUGGAGGCAAUGAAGGACAGGGCAAAAAUCAUCUCUAAAGUAGCCAAAAGAGAUACGCUUACAAAAACAGAGGAGGAAUUGUCUGAAGAAAAACAGGAGAGGAAAGAAAAGAAAAGUUUACUGAAGAAAUUUGCAAAUUACUUGGGAUUUUAGGAAAAAACAAGACAAAAGGUCUGCAGCCAUGUUAGCAGCAUUGUGAGGUUGUAAUGCAGGUGGUGUCUUAUGAUUGGAUCAUUUGAAGGGAUUGCUGAUGAGGGACAGCUGAUAACAACCUCCCCUUCCCCUCUUCCACUUCCAACAAUGGAGGCCGUUCCUCAGCAGUUUGGAUUUGUGUUUAUUGUGAGUGAUUGUAAGUAGAAGCAGCAUGGGUGUUCAGACUAGGAGCUUCUUGUAAACUUAUACUGUAAUAAGUUGGGUUGUUUUGGGGGUGGGGGUCUGAAAAUGGAAAAUAAUGAAUUUCAUGGACUAAUUCAUUGUGAAAUGUAAGUAUUUCAAACUAGUAGUAGCAGUUGGUAGGAGUGAGAAGCCCUUUUCUUUUGCAAUCAUUUUUCUCAUGUUUUCAGUUAGGAGGUUAGAGCUUUGUCAUUUAUUUCAAUUUUGGGUUUUUGUAGGGAAGUUUAGGGUUUGGGCUUAGAAAGCUUUUGUUUGUUGUUUUGGGCAUUGCUCAUCUCCGAAACUUUGUUCAAAAACAUAAACUGCUACUACAGUAUGCUAUCUUAUGUCAAGGUUUCCCUUAGAAACGUAAUAAACUGAAAAUCAUAGCAUAACUGAAAUCACACAGUGCUGUUUUAACUACACUCUAUCAUACAGGAGAAUACACUGAUUGAAAGAUAUUACAGAGUUUAUGAUUGUCCUAUAUUUUAACCUGUGACGCAUUUUGGGGUAUUUGUCUCUUUUAUUGCUUUUUGUUGCCCAAUUGUACCUUCAGUACUAGAAAUGACAUGUAAAUAAUCACA